AUGGACGAGUUAGUCGAGGAGAGCUCCCACGAGAACUGCAUGGAGAGAUUCCUUGAGAGCGGCUGCGUCGAGAGCGUCAAUUGUAAGCCAGUAGACAAGGUCAAUUGCAAGCCAAACACGUGGAACACUCGGGAGGGAAGUGAGGAGAAGGAGGACAGUCGGAAGAUGCAGCUCAACAGCUCGUUUUGUGCUAUUACAAUAAGAGACAAGGUCGCUCCUGUUUUGGAGCGGAGAGAAUAG